AUGCUUCGCCCUUUGCGACGAACGUUGACAUGUCGCAAAUCCCUAUACCCGCGGUCCCAAUCACGAGCCUUCGAGAGCGCCGCAUCUUCUCCGUCAACGUCGUUUGAGUACAUUCCAGCAGACAACAGUGCACCAGGGAAGAAGACCGAUGACCAUACUCUGCGCCAUGUUUUUGAUUCCCAGCCGUUCUGGCAUGAGUUCUCCCAGCAGCGCACCACCGCAGUCCCAAGACGAGCCGGAUUAGUUCAAAACCAGUACCUCACAAGCCCCGAAGGUUUUAGGACAUUCGCAAAUGUUUCACUGCAAAGGUGCCAGGCUAUUGUAGCUAAGGUACUUGCUGCCUCCACGGUAGACGAAUACAGGGCUCUGGCACGAGACCUUGAUCGGCUCAGUGAUCUUCUGUGUCGUGUCAUCGACCUGUCCGACUUCAUUCGAACCAUUCACCCCGAUCCACAGAUACAAGAAGCAGCCACGCAGGCGUGGGCUCUUAUGUUUGAAUAUAUGAAUGUUUUGAACACUACCACGGGGCUUCAUGAGCAGCUCAAUAAGGCCUUGAACAACCCCGACGUGACAUCAUACUGGACUGAGGCGGAAAGCAUCGUGGCACAGAUCCUGAACAAGGAUUUCUCUAACUCUGCGAUUCAUAUGCCGCCCAAUGUGAGGCAACGGUUUGUGAAUCUCUCGAAUGAUGUGAGCCAGCUAGGAUCCGAUUUCAUGAAUGGCGCAGAGCCUGCGAGGUCCCAGGUAAUCUUCGGCGCCAACAGCCUCCAAGGAAUGGACCCUAUGGUUAUUUCCAAGAUCAAGAAAUGGAAUAAGAAAGCGCCAGUGCCAACUACGGGUAUUGUUCCUCGACUUGCAUUGCGCUCAGUGCAUGAUGAAAGCGUUCGCAAAGAGAUCUAUCUCGCCACUCGGACAUCUAGCAAGCGCCAGAUUCAGCGGCUAGAGGAGCUUCUAAUGAAGCGAUCAGAGUUGGCCCAACUCACGGGUUAUAACAGCUUUGCACACAUGACUCUCGGCGAUAAAAUGGCCAAGACGCCUGAAGCAGUAUCGAACUUCUUGACCUCGCUCGUUUCAAGCAACCGGGGGCCAGUUCGGGAAGAACUAUUGAAGCUAGAAAGCGCCAAAGGCUCCUCUCUCCAGCCUUGGGAUCACGCAUACUACGUUCACAAGCGCGUUCUAGAAUAUUCUCAAGCUCGUCGCUCUCGUCACAUGGGUAUUAUCAAUGAGUACUUCUCAUUGGGAACCGUCAUGCAAGGUCUCUCUCGACUCUUCGAUCGUUUGUAUGGUGUGCGCCUUGUCCCACAUGAAGCGUCUCCCGGUGAGACCUGGCAUCCAGAUGUUCGUCGGUUGGAUGUGGUAGACGAAUCAGAGAACCAUAUCGCAGUUGUAUACUGCGACUUGUUUACACGGCCGAGCAAGCACCCCAAUCCUGCUCACUUUACCCUACGCUGCUCGCGCGAGAUCUCUGCCGAGGAGGUUGCCGAGUGUGCCUCGAUGAAUGAAUCGGCGCACCCGAACGAUGGCAUGGCCACUGGUGUAGACCCUCAAACUAAAACUUUGCGCCAGCUUCCAACCAUUGCGCUCGUGUGUGAUUUCCAGGAGCCUCAGGCUAAUGGCAGCGGUCAGCCAACGUUACUAAGCGAACAGAGCGUUCGUACUUUAUUCCAUGAGAUGGGCCAUGCGGUCCAUUCUAUUCUAGGCCAGACGCCUCUGCAGUCGAUUUCCGGGACUCGGUGCGCCACGGAUUUCGCCGAACUUCCGUCCGUGUUGAUGGAGAGCUUUGCGACUGCGCCAGAGGUACUCAACCUCUACGCGCGGCACUGGAAGACUGAUGAGCCUCUAUCUGAGAGCAUGAUGCGCAGCAUGGAGCAGGACCGUAAUGCGCACGGAUCUAUCUACGGUGCUGUUGAGAAUGAGGCUCAGAUUCUCAUGGCGCUCGUUGACCAGGCCUAUCACUCGAUCCCAGCUGAUAUCAGCUCAGCCGGUAUUGACUCCACUGAGAUCUAUCACCGAGUGUUCUCUGAGCACUCCAGUCUACCCGACCCGAAUAAUGUACAGCCACGUACCUCAUGGCAGGGCUUCUUCGGUCACUUGUACGGCUACGGUGCUACCUACUACAGUUAUAUCUUUGACCGUGCGAUUGCGAACAAGCUCUGGCAAGAUGUCUUCCAGUCUGGUCAGGCGGCAACUGAUCGUGCUGCCGGCGAGCGAUACAAGAAUGAAGUCCUCCGCUGGGGCGGUGGCCGUAAUGGCUGGCAAUGUGUAGCUGGUGUCUUGGGGAGCAGCAAUCCCUCUAAUACCAAUGGACGCCUAGCUGAAGGUGGCGAUGAAGCGAUGCGUGAAGUGGGUCGAUGGGGCCUCGGGCGCGAAGGCGUGUCUGGAUAA